CAUAAUCAUCCGGAACAAAUCGUACUGAACCGAUUUCUUACAUCACCGUACGCCUUUAAUUCCUGUGACACCGUCUGUUUCAAUAUUUCAACACAUGUAACAUGGACGACAUUUAAUUUUCUGAGGAAAUCGAGACAUAUCACUGUCAAUUUACCACAAACAAUCUACUGACUACUUGUAAACCUUUCUGGUGGAAUAUUAUAAUUACAAUUUUUGAAACAAGUUGUGUUCUUUAUAUAUUUGCCGAGAUUGCGAUACAGUCACCUGGUUAAGCUAGCUGAGUCAGGCUCAGCAUAGUAAAUUGACAACAACUUGUCUACACAUCUCCUGAACAGGAAAUACAACGGAGCAUCGUUCGUAGCUGUUACCUUGACACUACGCAACACAGCUUGUGCGUCCUAGGCAGCAAACCAACAACGUUGAACAAACAUUGCCUACUUCUAGUUGAUUUACAUCAUGGAUCCCAGUCACGAACAGCAAGAAGAGGUUCAGCCCCCUGAGGGAGAUGUCCCUAAAGAACUAGAAGAAAAUCCGUCUGAUAACACACAUUUAGAUGAAAAUGCCGAGACUAGGCGAGUACGUGAACUUACCGAAAAGGGACAGGGAGCCUUUAUAGAAAAACGUGACAAGUUCUAUCACGACUUAGAGGCCCUAUGGUCAAACCUAGAAUCUCAGUUAUCAGAAACGACCAAGCCUCCUAACGACCUCCAGCAAUUGCUAACAUCACAAGAUAAAAUUGUACAAGCCUGUACUAAUUAUCGCAGGCUCACAGACGAGUACUUGAAAUUUCUCAAAAAUACAAGAACAUUAGACAGCCUUCAAGACAUUGAUACGUGCAAAUUUUCAACGGAUAUCCGAAUGUCUAAAGUCGACCUGGCAAUUGAAACUUUACACGAGCAUCGCCUUACCCUCACAAAGGCUAAAUCUACAAAAACGAGGACAUCUAAGGGCAAGAACACCUCGCAUAGUGGGAGCUCAAACGUCUCUGACAUGUCAAGCCUAGCACGGAGAAAGCGUGCAAAGGCAGAGUCCGCUAGAUCAAGGAUAGCCUUUGCCGAGCAACAAGCUGCCCUCUUAAAGCAGGAGGCCGUAUUAGAGGAACAGACCCUAUACAGACAAACAGAAAUCAAGGCCAAGAUAGAACAAGAAGCCAUCCGUGCAAAACAAGAGGCCACACGUAGAAUUGCUGAGGCUGCUCACCUGAAAGCUCGAAUUGAACAGGAGGAGGAGCACAUCAAAGCUGAAAAAGAACAGGAGGCCGUUCGCAGGAAAACUCAAAUGGAACAGGAAGCAGCACGUGCGGUCCGAGAAAAAGCCGAACUUAGGGCUGCUAUGAAGAUUCUCGAAGCAAAAAGAGAAGCUGCAGCCGCAGAAGCCGAGGCUCGUAUCCUGGAAUACGACGGCAGCCAAGCAGUUAGCGAUCUCCUUGACGAAACGGAAGACCCUCUCCAGCGUGUGCAAGAUUUCGUCAAUAAACAUCCUGUACUAACUGCUGUAAAGGAAGUAACAGGUCCUCAAAAGAUGAGACAAAGUCCUGUUAAGAUUGAGCUGAGUCAUGAAGCACCAGCGUUCGUGCCAUCCGUGGCACUCAACUUGCCGCCACAGACAUCUGCUGUUUUGCCUUCCGAUACCAAGUCACCGGAAGUUACCUUAAUCCCAGAUCUGGGAAUAGUAACCGGCAUACAAAAACUAGGCCUUUCGGAGGAGAUCCCUACUGAACACCAAAAACAAGGCGUAAUAGAAGAGACCCCUGUUGCAUACCAGCAACAAAUCAAUCCUACGUCGGAGAUAACCAGAUUUCUCCUACGCAAGGACCUGCUGUUCUCCCGGCUAACAAGCUUUAAUGACCGGGCAGAAUCCUUUCAUACAUGGAAAGCAAGCUUUAAGAACGUGACAGACGAGUUACAAGUUAGUGACUCAGAACAGAUUGAUCUUCUGAUCAAGUGGCUCGGUCCAGAAUCUGCUAAACAUGCCAUUAGCAUACGAGCGUCGAAUGCCAAUAAUCCUACAAAAGGCAUACAAAGGUUAUGGCAGAGACUGGAUGAGCGAUAUGGUGCUCCAGAAAUGUUGGAGGCCUCUCUCACAAGUAAACUCGUCAACUUCCCUACCUUGACGAACAAAGAUAGCGCACGUCUUUAUGACUUGUCCGAUAUUCUAUCAGAAAUAGAGUAUCACAAAGAAAAUCCCAAGCUGGGAUGUUUGCUAGCAUAUUUUGACUCUUCGUCCGGGAUAAAUCCUAUUGUUGAAAAGUUACCAUACGGACUCCAAGAAAAGUGGAUAACAAGGGCUACAAGAUACAAGUCUAAAUAUGAAGUUGCCUUUCCACCUUUCACAGAAUUCUCUGCCUUCAUCAGGGAAAUUAGCAAAACAAAGAAUGAUCCUGGGUUCAUUUUUGGGUCAAAAGCCACACCAAAUACAAAAGGUGCUGCGCCAAGGUUCACGUCUCACCCCAAGACUAAAGUUGGUGCUCAUAAAACAGCGGUUGAGCAGCAAUCAAGAGACGCCAGCAAACAAGGUCUUUGUAUUCUGCACAAUACAAAGCAUUCCUUAAAUGAAUGUCGAGCGUUCCGAGCCAAGUCAAUAGAGGAACGCAAAGGACUUUUGAAACAAAACAAUGUCUGUUAUAAGUGUUGCGAUUCCACCACACACAGAAGCCGGGAAUGUAAUGCACGCAUAAGUUGUAAAGAAUGUGGAAGUAAACAACACACUACCGCACUUCACAUUACUAGACCACAGCAACCUGCAAGUUCUCAGUCUAGCUCGCCCAAGCAAGCCUAUGGCGGGGAGCCUACAGAAUCGGCUGAAACUAAGUCAACCUCAGUUAAUUCUACCUGUACCGAGAUUUGCAAGGAAACAUAUAGCGGGAAAUCUUGUGUUAAAAUACUACCUGUGAAUGUUUAUCACAAGAAUAACCAGGACAAAGUUAUCCGGAUGUACGCCAUCAUUGAUGAUCAAAGCAACCGGUCACUAGCAUCGCCCGAAUUCUUCAAUCUUUUCGACGUAAAAGACAAACCGGAGAAUUAUACCUUAUCAACAUGCUCCGGCAGAGUAGUCACUUCCGGGAAAAGAGGAAGAGGUUUUGUCAUGGAAUCAAUAAAUGGAAAUGACAAAUUUGACCUGCCGGUACUGAUAGAAUGUGAUCAUGUUCCCAAUAAUAGGGACGAAAUACCUACUCCUGAAGUCACAAUGCACCACCCUCAUUUAAAAGAACUUAGAGGUAGCAUUCCACCGAUAGAGGAAAAUUGCCAAAUUCUUCUCUUAAUUGGCAGAGACCUUAUAGAGGCACACCAUGUCCUUGACCAGCGCAUAGGACCACCCAGAACUCCAUAUGCACAACAAUUGAAACUGGUUUACCACAAACAAUCUACUGACUACUUGUAA